AGGGCGGGCGGCGCGCGAGGCUUGGCCACGCCCCCUGCGGGCGGGGCGGGGCUGGUCCUCGCGCACGUGACAGCGCGGCCGCGGCGCCGGGAGCUGUUGGCGGGAUGGGGACGGGACUGCUCCCGCUGCUGCUGGCGGGGCUGGCGGGACUGGCAGCAGGCGUAGUUCUGAGGCAGUCCCCAGAGCCCAAGGAGCUGUGGGGGUAUGUGCAAGUUCGAAGUAAGGCCCACAUGUUCUGGUGGCUCUACUAUGCAAAUAACCCAACCAAAGGCUUCACAGAAUUACCUCUCAUCUUGUGGCUUCAGGGAGGUCCAGGAGCUUCAGGCUGUGGAUUUGGGAACUUUGAAGAGAUUGGUCCAUUAGACAAAGAAAUGAAACCGAGAAAUACAACUUGGUUGCAGGCAGCCAGUAUCUUGUUUGUGGAUAAUCCUGUGGGCACUGGAUUCAGUUAUGUGGAUGACUGCAGCUUGUUUGCAAAAAACCUCACCACAGUAGUUUCCGACAUGAUGGUUUUUCUUGGAGAAUUCUUCACACGUAGAACAGAAUUCCAGACCAUCCCAUUCUACAUAUUUUCUGAAUCCUACGGCGGUAAAAUGGCUGCUGGGAUUGCGCUAGAGCUGCAUGAGGCUGUUCAAAAAGGGACCAUAAAGUGCAAUUUUAUGGGGACUGCUCUUGGAGACUCAUGGAUUUCUCCUUUGGACUCUGUGCUGUCUUGGGCGCCCUACCUUUACAGCACAUCUCUCCUUGAUGAUAAUGGUCUACGAGAGGUGACUGCUGUUGCCAAAGAAAUAAUGGAUGCAAUAAAUAAAAAUCAAUAUGGAUUGGCCACGGAGCUCUGGGGCAAAGCUGAAGAAGUCAUUGAAGAGAACACAGACAAUGUGAACUUCUACAACAUCAUGACAAAGGAGGUUCCAGAAACAAAAUUAGAUGAACAAGAAAAUCUCCAUCUCAUAAGACUUUACCAACGCCAUGUCAAAAAUAUGCAUAAGGACAGCCUCAAUGAGUUGAUGAAUGGACCCAUCAGAAAGAAGCUAAAAAUCAUUCCUGACUGUGUGAAAUGGGGAGGUCAGUCGAGAGAUGUCUUUGACAACAUGGCUGAGGACUUCAUGAAACCUGUCAUCGAUAUUGUUGACCAGCUGUUGGCAGCCAACGUCAGUGUUACAGUCUACAAUGGGCAGCUGGAUCUCAUUGUUGACACCAUGGGCCAGGAGGCGUGGAUACGGAAACUGAAAUGGCCUAAUUUGGACCAAUUCAGCCAGCAAAGGUGGAAAGCACUCUAUGUGUCUCCAGACUCCACCGAGACAGCUGCUUUCCACAAGGCCUAUGAGAACUUGGCUUUCUUCUGGAUUCUUAAGGCUGGGCACAUGGUACCGUCCGAUCAAGGAGAAAUGGCUCUGAAAAUGGUCAGGAUGGUGACCCAGCAGCAGCUCUAGGGAAGCGGAGGCCAGCUGGGAUGGCCUCCUGCCCAAUGUCUGUGCUCUUGCAGAAUGUGAGAUCAGAAUAAUAAGCCACAGGAGGAACAGUGGCUAUUUGGACACAUAGCAACUCUGAUCUUGCUGAUAAUGUGCACGGCCACUUACGGAAAGGCAUUUUUUCCUUGAAUGAGUUGUUGCUUUUGAAUUUGUAAGCUAUGUUUUGCUGCCUUAACACUGUAAUGACUCUUCCAGAGGAAAGUCCACUCUUAUAAAUCAUUAGCUCAACCAGCUCUGAGCCUUUGCCUUUGACUUGGAAGGAUUUCGUACUUCGUAAAAAGCUGCCCUUCCCUGAACGUUCUCUUUUCUGUUCACACACCAAGACAAAAAUGGUUUGAGUCCUGACAGGUUUGCUGUUUGUUCCUCUCAGAGAGCCAACCUUUCGUAAGGCCAUGGAACGUUCCUUCCUUUGUCCUCAGGCCUCUGCUUGAGUCACCUGGCUGGAUUACAAGCUGAAGAUACGGAGAUGCCAGGAUAGAAGAGCUGCCCUAGAGGAAUUACAGUCCAUCUCAUCGUGCUGAGGUGCCUGAGUUAGGAUACGAGGUUCUUCAGGCUUCCUGUGCUAUGGAGAGAGAAAAACACACCUCCCUCCCAAAGGAGGAUUUGACCUUUUUUAUUUGACCAUUUGUUUCUUGUUUUCAUUCUCUUUAAUGACCAUUACCCAAAUUUUGCCUUUAGACUUAACACAUAAAGCACAUCCAGCAGGAAUUCCUGCUUUCCUGAACGCUGAAGCAGGAGCCCUGUUAAUACCCUGUUCUUGUGCAGAAGAGAGUCCUAAUGGACAGAAACCUCUUAGAACCUUCUGAGCUUGGCCUGGAGAGUGGAAGGGAAAGCAUUAUUUGAGCAAUAAUAGCAUAAUUCUGAAAGAUAGUAGCAGACAAACAAGAACCAGUAUCUUGAUUCAUAUUUUUCUAGAGCUUUUUUAAAAUCUUGCAGAGACCUAUUGUUUUGAAAAAAAAAAUAUAUAUUUUUAAUAUAGUACACAGUCAAGAGGAGACUUGGUCAGACAUCAUUUGAUUUCUGCUACGGAGCCCAAAGUGACUGUUGCUUGUUGGUGUCUGAUAGGAGACACAACAGCUUGUUCCAGCUGUCAGAAUCCUAAAUAAAUAGCAACCCCUCAAUUACUCCAGCAACAGAAACUGUCAUGAAAUGUCUGAUAGUGUUGGCUUAGCAAGGACUGAGGCAUAAUGCUGUGUAAACACGUACGCAAUCACCCAGCAGCUGGAGUAUUGGCACCUAAUAAUUGUUUUUCUUCUUCGUGUUCUCUGCUUGAACUGUGUUCUUAAGAACUUUAGCAAUGCAAACCCAGAUUUUUUUAACUGAUUUUGCAAUAAAUACAAUGGGUCUAAUCUAA